AUUUCGCCGCCUAUUUUCUACUGGGGCACCCCUGUUGUGCUCAUCACAACGGAGAAUGAGGACGGAACUUUCAACAUCGCACCCAUGUCCUCGGCGUGGUGGCUUGGAAAUCGAUGCAUGCUGGGCUUGGGACAGGAUUCGCAGACGACCAUCAAUCUGAUUCGAACCAAGCAGUGCGUGCUCAACAUGGCCGACGAUACUAUGACGGAGGCAGUGAAUGCUUUGGCAUUGACUACCGGAGCGAAAGAAGUUGAGACAGCGACAGAGGGCAUGGGAUAUCUGUACUUUAAACGAACUCACGGUUAUCAGUACGUUAAGGAUAAGUUUGGGCGUUCGGGUUUGACGCCUGUCCCUUCUAAAGUGGUUCGACCGCCUCGAAUUGCGGAAUGUCCAGGCCAGAUGGAGGCCGAACUGCAAGGAGUGUAUUACAUGAUGGAGGACGUUGGCAUGAGGGGAUUCAUCGCACUACAGGUCAAGGUUCUGCAGACGCAUGUGCACGAGAGCAUUCGCUGGGCGGGAUAUCCGAACCGGAUCGAUCCUGAUAAGUGGCAUCCGUUGAUUAUGAGCUUUACGCAGUUUUAUGGGUUGGCGAGUAAGAGAUUUACUGAGUCGACGCUGUCUGAGAUCGAUGUGGAAAAAUACCGG